CCUAAUUCAUGUGUUGCCUAUCCUUCAUAUUCAUUCCUUGGGAAUUAAUCUUUUCAAAAUGUCUAUCUUACUGAUUUACUUCCUUACAAUACUGUCCUACACAAACACACUACACCCAUGGCUCAUUGAAGCUAGUACUCGAACAAAUAACGGCUUUUCCAUUGAUUUAUUCCACCGUUACUACUCUCCAAUAUCUCCAUUCUACAACUCCUCCAUGUCUCCUAAAGAACUCCUCCAACGAUUAGUCCUUUCCUCGAACUCAAGGCACCAACAAAUCAUAUGGCAGCAGAGUAACAUAGAAGUUAGUACUAAUUUAAUUCCUAAUGUGGGAGACUACCUCAUGCAAAUCUCUGUUGGUACUCCACCAGUACAGCUAGUCGCGGCUGCAGUGACAGGAAGUGACCUUACAUGGUUUCAGUGCAGACCUUGUGUCCUUUGCUACCCACACAACACCACCAAUUUCGAUCCUCAAGCUUCUAAAACCUACAAGAACCUUCCUUGUGAUGCAGAACAUUGCUCUAACCUUAAUACAGGACACAUAAACUGUGACCAAAAUGAAAAUUUGUGUAGGUAUUGGUAUACUUAUGGCAAUGCAACAACUAUUACUGGAGGAGUCAUGGGAACGGACACGUUUUCCUUUAGUUCUUUCGAUGGGGAUGAAGAACAGGCUGCCUUCCCCUCCAUAACAUUUGGAUGUGGGUAUCAGCAAGCAGGGUUUUUCGAUUCUAACUCUGCAGGUGUUGUAGGACUCGGAAAUGGACCUGUUUCGCUUGUUUCACAACUAGGACCCUCGAUUUCUUACAAGUUCUCCUACUGCUUAACUUAUCCUUCCUCACAUAGAGCAAGUAAGUUGAGAUUUGGAGGUAUGCUUGAAGAUACAUCAGAAAUUGGAGGUUUGACAACUCCUUUUGUUACCAAUGAUCCUUCAUCCUCUUAUAGCCUCGAGUUAAAUGGAAUUAGCGUAGGCCAAUUGAACUUGAACAUGAACAGGGAGAUCAUCAUAGACACCGGAACCACACUUACUUACAUAGAUCCGAGCAUCUUCUAUAAGCUCGAAGCUAUGGUGAACGAUGCCAUAGGGGCAUCCCCGGUUUCUAACAAUCCUUUGGUGGAGCCUGUUUUGUGCUAUGAUCCAGAUGAAUCGGCUUUAAAUCCCCCUGACAUAGUCUUUCAACUUAGCGGGGGUGACUUAGUACUAAAGGCAAACAAUAUCUUCUUUGUACUUGACCAUUACCUUUGCUUGUCCAUUGCUAAGUCACCAAAAGAUGGGGAUCCUAUGGUGCUAGGGAACAUGGCUCAGACCAACCUUGAGAUCGAGUUCAAUCUGCUAAGCAAGACAGUUAGGUUUACUCCUAAAUAUUGUUCUCAAGAGAGCAGCUAGCGCGAAGCACAAGUCCUAUCAGGAGUUUUUAAAAGAUGAAACCACAUAUCUAUAUAGCUUUUCGCGAAGAAUUUAUUCUAAUACAAUUAGAUGAGAGUUUAUGAAGUUAUCUUCUUUAUCUUAAGCUUAGAUGAAAAGUUGAAAACCAUCCAUUGUAAUAUUUUGCUGUGUUCGACCUCUGCCUGUAAGCUGAGUUAUGGUUAAUAAUACAAUCAUUUCUGCUAUA